AUGGACAUGCCAGUGAAUGUUCCCGUGGACAACCCCAAUGCGGACACUGAAUGGAACGAUAUUCUGCGCAAACAUGGCGUUAUCCCCGAGAAGCCACCGUCGCCCACACCCAUAAUCGAAGAAGCAAUCCUCGAAGCCCAGCGCCGAGCUCACGAAAACCGGCUAGAAGAUAAAGACCUCGACGAACUCGACGCUCUAGAAGAUGAGGAAGACGAAGAAUUCCUCGAACAAUACAGAAAAAAACGACUUGUGGAAUUAUCAACGUUGCAGAAAGCAAGCGUGUUCAACCAAGUCUACCCCCUCCAAAAGACAGACUAUGCCAGAGAAGUGACCGAGGUAUCCUCACACGCCUUUGUGUUGGUCAACCUCACAUCGAUGGGCGGAAACGUCGAGUCCCGUGUCUUGAGUGAAAUAUGGCGACAAUUGGCUCCCAAGUACGGCGAGGUCAAAUUCUGCGAGAUCAGAGCGGAUAUGUGCAUUGAGGGAUAUCCUGAGCGCAAUACGCCGACGAUACUAGCAUAUAAAGAUGGCGAGAUCCGUCGACAGUUUGUGACAUUACGGGAACUCAAUGGAGUACGAACAAAAAUCGAAGAUGUGGAGAAGGUCCUUGUGGAUCUCGGCGCGAUCAAAGAAGGCGACCUUCGUCUCCGAAAACAGGAUGAAGACGACCGCGGUGAUCGAGAAACAAACGAGGCAGAAGAUGACGACGACGACGAUGACUGGGAUUGA